UGGGCACAUGCGCAUGCGUCGAGUGGCACAGUGGCGCGGACACACCGAGCAUUUAUUGAUUUUUGCAGGUGGUGGAAGGAUUUCAAAGCGGGGUUUUGAAGUCUGCGACCAAUUGAACGCCGGUCAAGGACGCCCUUUCGCCUGCUCCACAACGCCAUCAUGCAGUGCCUCUGCCAUUUGGCGGCCUUUGGCCGGUCUCAGUGCUCUCGGCGAUCAUGUUUUGUCUCAUCAAUGUAUUGAAGAUGAAGUGGCGUGCGCAGAAGUGGUCUGAUGGAGUGAUCGGAUGCUGCAGCCCGUGUCGGUGUCUAAGACGCGCAUGAAACAUCUCGUGCGGAGGGGAAGAGACGUCGUGACCGCCAUCACCGAGCACAACUAUGAAAUUGUCAUUGGGAUGCGCAUUGAUUUUGGGCCUCAGUGUUGGCAUCUGCGAUGCAAACUAUCCGACAACCAAAUCGAAGCUCCCGCAUGCCACGACGUCGAGCACGAGCUUGACAAGCGCGUAUAGAACUUCGACAUCGAGCAAGCGAACUACACCAGCAACGUCCUCAGGAUUGGUCACGUCCAAGAUCACCACUAAGCCAACGUAUGCGGUCACGGUCAACCAGGCGACAUCGAAGUCCACCACCCUUACAACGCAAUCGCAAAGCUCGCCACAGUCAUCCUGCAUAUCGACUACAGUGUCUACUACAACCAUAGCCACUCGUACUACGACCAUUACCUAUGCGAUCGAUAGUGCUUCUACGACCAUCUAUACGUAUGAAUCCUUUCAAGGCGGUCCAGAAACCGUCUUUGUCGGUGGCACCACCGAGCUAUACGUGACAUUUCCGACGACGACAACUGUUCUGAUCACCCCGACGACUUUUGUUGGACCAUCUGCUACGGUCACUAUCCCGACACCACCAGGCUUCCGACCGAUCAGAAGCUCACUGCCUGGCGCAACAGCCGAUCCUGACCUGCCAAAUCCUGUGCAGAAGCGGGACGUAUAUCCUGAGCCUGGCACGACUCCGGUGAAAUGCACGAAGACAUUUACCAGGAUAGUUACGUCGCAGGCACCAGAAAGAACCGCGACGGCUGUGACAACACUUUCUGGCACUGACUUCAUUGUUGGAACAACGAUCUUUGACGGAGUUGGCCUGUCAUCAUACCUUGCAACAUAUACGGGACCCGUGACAGUGACCUCGCCAGGAACCUACACUACUACAAUCGGCAUUUACAAUAAUGCCAUAACUUCAACCGUCACACUACCUACGCAAACAAUACGCCGUGUACAAAGCACUGUAUAUGCAGCUUGCGGCAAGGACAACAUCGCCAACAAGUACUUCGAUAAAGCGAGUCAGACAAACUACGACAUCGUCUUGAACAGCGCGUUGAUAUACUUCACGAAGGAGGAAUUUCAGGCUGAUUACAAUCCGCAAACUGCCUACGAUUGCUGCGUCAUGGCCCACUCUUACCCCAAUAUAUCCAAUUUCCAAUGGUCGCCUUUUGAGGAUUUUGUAGGCGGGAGAUGCUUCCUGACUAGAACGAAUCAGACCUGCGUGAAAGCUGGCGACCCGAGAUCCAAUAUAGCAGUCGCAAACUCCGAGGUAAUGGCGGGAUAUGCAUUUACGGGUAAUAUAGGAUGCUCACAGAUCAAGGGCAUUGAGGUUCACGGUUAGCAUAGCGUAACUGGUCAUUCGUUGUUUCUAAAUCCAAAGUAUAGAGAGAUUUUGCCGUG